UCAAUCGCAAUGCUCCGUAUAAGAAAAGAUUACAUAUUCCGUCCUGUUCCUAAUUUGAAAAUGUUUUGAGCUAGCUAGUAAGUAGUACCUUUUAUCUUUCCACCGAAUUCGAUCCGCCAUUUUUAUUAUUAAAGGAAUUCUUCCAUCUUUUCCCACUGCAAGUAACAUUUGACCAAAUAACGUCAAACGCCAAAACGUUCAAACGUCAACAUCAACAUCAGCAUCAGCAUCAACGUCAACGUCAAUGUCAAUCUGAGAGUCGAGGAAAAAGGAAUCAACAAAAGAUAAUGAAGUAAUAACUCUUAAGCAAUCCUACCUCUGCUCAACCAAUUACCUCAAUCGAAUCACCAACGCAGCAAAAUUCAUCGGAAUCCAUAUCUCAUCAAACUCAAACAUACAUACAUCAAUCAAUUAAUCGAUCAUUCAAUCAUUCAAUCAUUCAAUCAUUCAAUCGAUCAAUUCCAAGAUAUUCUCAUCUUAGAGAGAUCUUCUCGAGUAUUAUCCUCUUAUAUCUUAUUCCUCAUAAGAAAGAAUGUCUCGAGAUCUUUCUUAGAAUUGAAACAUAUUUCAUCAUUUUAUUUCUUUCUCACCGAUCCUAUUCGUCCAUCACCAAAUUUAUCCUUUCCUCAACCGAAAAUUUCCAACCAACCGCCCGUCGCAUAUUCGUUUUUCUCUCUUUUUCUGGACGUUUGAAUAGAAAAUUCCUUCCGGCAGAUUUGCAGAUCAUGGAUGAAGCAACCAGGCUCGUAGGGGAGCUUUCUAAAAAGCUUACCGAGCUGGAUCAUAAGGUAGAUUUAUAUCGAAAAGAUAUGAAUAAGGAAUUUAUUAAGUAUGAAGAGGAUUUAUUGAAGAAUGUUUCUCCAAAUCUUUCCAAGGAAGUUUCAACAAUAAUUGCCGAAAGAUUAAAGAAUUAUAAGGCUCUUUAUCCUUUCGUCUCUCCUUCUUCUACUAAUAAUAAUCCUUCCGAUAACUUUGACUCAUGCGCUAUUGGCACAGGCACAGGUCCAGGUCUAGGCACAACAAACACAGGUACAGCCGCCAACAACAACAGUCACAGUUCCUGCAAUACAACCACGGCUACCGCCACGACCACGACCACGAACACCAUCACGAGCUCCCGUGCAGAUGUAAAUCUGAUGACAAACGGACUUCCCAAGGCAAUGAACUCACCAUCAAGUACCGGUACCUCGGCGCAAACAAUUCCUAAUCAUACGAGAAAAGAGGAAGAAGAAAGUGACCGCCCAAGAAGUCCACAUGCGCGAGAGAAGGAAUUUACAGGAGUCUUUACACCAAGUUAUCUGCCAUUGUUAGAAUCCAACAGUCGAUACGAUCCAAGAUCCGAUCCGAAUAUUGAAGUAGAUAAUCAGUCAAAAGAUACACAAAUGGAUACAUCGUCGCAGUCGCAUGUUGAUGCAAGUACAGAUACUAGAUCUUUGAAUCCCUCUCCAGAUCUAACACGUCCUUCAACACCCAAAAGAAAGAAUACCGAUGAAAUAUCAAUCACCUCCAACAGUAGUAGCGAUGGACCUCGUCGCAGGAGCGCUCUACGAAGAACAUCCAGCAAUUCUAAGAAUACGAGUCCUCGAAGAGUUCGUUUCGAUGUAGAGGGAGAAGAGGUGUUGCCAACUUCAUCGCCGAAGGAAUUGGAGCCCAUCCUUCCGCCCUCCUUUUCGGAUGACUCAGAUGAUGAGGCGGGUUCGGAGAUGGUCGAAGACAUUGAUGCGCCACCACCGAAGAGAAUAUCUUCUUCGCAAGCGUUACGAGCUUUAUCCAGAGGGCCCCCGGAGGAUGAUGGAACACAAUGGACCACCGUAGUUGCCCCGCCAGACGGGUCAGCUUCAGUUGAUACUUUGGAAAAUGACGAUUCUACAAACAAUUACUUCGAUUCUGGACCAAGUCCCCCAGCUUCUCGCGACGAAAAUACCCCGCCAAUUUCCACACCGAUCCCAAUACAAAUCACCAUGCCCGAAGUCGAACCGCAAGCUCAAGUAAAACAUGUAGAGGCUCUACCAGAGGAUACAGAUGCCCUAUCGGAGGAUGAUAUGUUAGAUAUGCCACCUCUACGGCAAAUGAGAAGUCAAAAUCAACAACCUGCGCGCAUUCUAUCGCCGAGAAAGAAUGAAAAUCCAGAACCGGCAAUUUCUGCCUUGAAGAUCAAAUCGCCAAACAAACCACUUACACUCGAGACUUUGGAGCCCAGAGGAGAGAGUGAUGAGAAGUUGGACAACUUAACCUUCCAAGACGACGAACAAGAAGAUCUGUUUUCCUUUGACGAAAACCCAGAUCGCGGAAGCCGGCCCCAAGAUGAAGAAGAUGAUUCGGAUGUAGAAGCACCUACCUCGCCUAGUGUUGAAGAGAGUCUUGACAAUCUUGAGCUUUCUAAAUCUCCUGCUCGUCCGAUUCCACAUAGCUUCAUUAAUAACAAAGCAACAAUAGCUCCAGCCCCUGCACAUGGAGUUGUUGGUUCCUACAAAGGUCGUCCAUUCAGUAUGCCUGUUGUCAACGAUGAGGUACAUGCCAAUGCCGCAUCAAUGGGAGCAAUGAAUUCAUUCGUUGGUAGUGUCAACGGUCGCAGUGGACUUGACGCAAGUGAUAUCUUAAGCUUUAGAACAAGUGGAGGAGUGGGUAGUUUUUCCGGCACCCCAAAGAGCAUGAGUGAAAGGAUGAUGAUGGAUGAUUUGAUAGAGGCUGAAGGAGAAAAUCAGAAAAGCUGAAAUCGGAAGACCCAGCAUUGAAGGAUUUCACGAAGCCGAAUCAGGAACUCAGAAGCAAGCAUACUGGAACUCAUGGAUGGCAUACAGCCUAAGGGAAAUUGGUUCAUGGAGUGUAUUUAUGUGUGUAAUCUUUACAUUUGCAUUUUUGGCGUUUUACAGGUCAUCGAUUUCGACGUCAUCAGAAUAUGAAGAAUGAGGAAUCUGAUGAUUAGGUAUGGCAUGAGAAAGUGGGCGCAUCGUUUUUUUCUUUGGAGCUCUCAGCCCGGUUCGGCUUCACGAAUCCGUGAGAUCCGUAAGUGGAAUCAAGGCAUAUUUCACGCAUGAAGUUAUUGGAGUGGAGAUGUCGAGAGGGGUUGGAGAUGUCAGGGUCAGUGGAGUGGAUCAAAUGAUUAAAAUCAAAUUCGCACUGGAUGAUGAAUGGAUUGUAUAUGAUCGCAUUGGUUAUGUACUAGAUAGGUAAGCAGGUUGGUGGGUAUUUACUUAAUCACCGACAUACCAGCUACACACCUAGGCACCCUUACACACAUAACAAUACAUACUCAUCUUUUCCCAAUGAAAUAUUUCUCUCAAUUCAUUAUUGUUGAAAGAUGAUUUCAAUGAAGUCUAAAAUCUAUUGAUAGGAGGAUUGGGAGCUUGGAGCUUGAGGUAGGUGUUUUUGUCUUGGUUCCUGUAUAUGUAAGACUUAUAUGGGGGUUAAGGUUAAUGAAAUGAGAUGAUAAAAAUAUCCUUGUAUCUGCAUUUAGCCGUGUACCUAUCUACCUUACCCUCUUUGCUCCUUGCUUGCUUCUAGAACAAACUUUUAAUCAUUAUGGGAAAUGAAUUAGUAGGAUAUAUUGGAUAUCAAAUAUUGAGUAUUGUAUUGAAUGUUUAGCACUGAAUAUUGAGUAUUGAAUUUGGGGUAUUGAAAUUUCGGGUGUUAUUUAUGAUGGAUAGAGGGAAGAUCUUAUAGAUAGAAGGGAGUGCAGGAGAUGGACGGAUGCCCUGGUGUUG